CCGCACGGGCGAGCUCGGACAGCAGUGCUCGGCUCUCCCUGGACGUGGAGCUGCUCCUGCAGCAUUCGAGCCCCUACAGCGGGUCUGGGAAGCCGUCGAUCCGCCGGGAGAAGCGGGGUUUUUUUUUUUUUUUGAAGCGACGAGGAAACACAGCGUGGCGUUUCUCUCUCAGCGUCUCCCUGACGGGCUGCUUCAGGAUGGGGAAUGGCAUCAACAAGGUCCUGCCUGACUUGUACUUGGGAAAUUUUAAAGACGCGAGAGACCGAGAACAGUUAGCCAGGAACAACAUCACGCACAUCCUGUCCAUCCACGACAGCGCGGCUCCCAUCCUCCAGGAGAUGACCUAUCUCUGCAUUUCAGCAGCUGACCUGCCCACACAAAACCUGUCUCAGCACUUUAAACAAAGUAUAAUGUUCAUGCACGAGUCCCGCCUGAAAGGAGAAGGCUGCCUCGUUCACUGUUUGGCAGGUGUGUCCCGCAGUGUCACCCUGGUGGUGGCCUACAUCAUGACGGUCACAGGUCUGGGCUGGCAGGAGGCGCUGGCUGCGGUGAAGGUGGCUCGGCCCUGUGCCGGCCCCAACCUGGGCUUCCAGCGACAGCUCCAGGAGUUUGAGGCCACUCAAGCCGAUCAGUUCAGAAAAUGGCUCCAGACGGAAUAUAAGGACAACCCCUUCAAUGACGAGGCUGAUAUACGUGACUUGCUCAUAAGGGCCUCGAAAAUCAACAGAGAGGAGGAGGAGAAACAGCCAUCCCCCCCGUCUGGAAGCGUCUGAUCACACCUGUUGAUACGUUUUGCAGCUCGGUCUGGAGGAUCACACCACUCAGGAUCUAGCUGAAGGUCUGAGUGGACUAAAGUCAGGAAUGAUCCUCUAAACAUCACGGACGUGAACACUGGAAGAAACCAUUAAAAUGUGCAGCACAUAUAAAUUUUUUCUAAGCACCUAUUGAUGUUUCUGGUUGUUUUGUUUUUUUUUUUUUAAUUUAUGAAUGUUGUGAACUUUUUUUUUGUACUGUGUGGCGACAAUUUCAAACACUUAAAUAAAAAAAAGAGUGGAGUCAA